AUGACUGAACAACAAAAUGAAGCAUUUGAGACCUUAUUUGAUGUUGAUUUGUCGAAAUUUAUCCGAACGAUUGCAUCUGAACGAACAUCAAGCAAUAAAUACGAAGAAAUAAACGAUCUUGAACACUUAUCAAUCAUAUGGGUUGAUUCUGAUAUUGAUAGAACAAGUGACUGUUUAGAUACAAAAAAAUAUUUAUCUACUGUAUUGAUCACACACCUGAAAACUUACACGGAUCCUGAUGAAUUUAUCAAAUAUAUAUCAUUAUUAGAAACAGAAAAUGCAUCUGAACAAAUAUUUUUAAUCAUAUCAGGCUCGUACGGUGAAUACCUAAUACCAAAACUCGAUGAUCGUUCAUCAGUUAUAUUUAUCUAUAUAUAUUGUUUGAAUUCUUUACAUCACAAGCAAUGGACACAUUCGUGGUCCAACAUUCGUGGUAUAUUUACAGAUAAAAGUAUUUUAAUUGAUAGACUGACGAAUGAUAUUCGAUUGUAUACAAGUAAUAUUCCAGCUUUUAGUAUACUUAAUUUAACUAAUGAAGAAAAAUCUAUGCGCGAUUUGACAAAAGAAAAAUGCCACAUUUAUGUGGUAUCAGUUAUUGAUAUAUAUUCUUCUUCGAAUGCCUAA